UUACCACUUUAUUGACGUUAUUUUACUUCUGUCUGUUCAUACUCUCUGCACUUGUUAAGUGAUUCCUCGCCUCCCACCAUACCUCCAAAUUCUGCAAUAGAAUCCCAAAACUCCAGCGUUUGCUCUAGAACAGUUCAAACAGCAAAGGAAGUAUCCUCAUUCAAGUAUCGGCCAGUAAAUUUGUUGUUUUUCAGGAUGGCAACGAAAAACGGGCCUAAAGCCCAGGACUUGAACAAAAUUGUCUUGGACUAUCUUGCCAAAAAGGGAUAUCCAAGAACGGAAGCAAUGCUUCGGUUGGAGGCUUCAUACAAUGGCGUUUCUGUAGAGGAACGGCUAAAAAGCAUCGAGGAAACUCCCGAUGCAUGCGCACAUACUUAUACAAUUUUGCGAGAAUGGAUUGAUAGCUCGCUUGACCUGUACAAACCUGAGCUUAGAAGAAUUCUUUUUCCUGUUUUUGUCCAUUUUUAUUUAGAUUUACUUUCUCAAGACAACGUUGAGUACGCCAAAGACUUUUACAAUAAGUUCGUAGGUGAUCAUAUUGAACUACACGAACGUGAUGUGACGGCACUGAAAGCCUUGAAUUUACCGCAACAUGUUGAUGAGAACCAAGUUGCGCAACAAUACCGCAGAAACAAGUACCGUUUAAAUUUUUCACGAAUUACCUUUGAUUUACUUCUUCACUUUCUUUUUGAAAAUGUCUCUAAUGGCGGAAGCAUUGUCAUAAAACUUAUCAGCAAGUUUAUAGAAAUCUCAAUUGUGCCAGGCCGUCCAACUUACGUCGAAAACAAACAUGUUUUAAGUGAACAAGAGGGAAUCACAGGUCAAAAUUACGAGAGAAGUGAUACCAAUCUUCAAAAUGUUAAGCUAAGUCCUAUGCCCAUGGACAAGGAGAUGGAAAAAGCUGUUGAAAUGGACUUGGAAGAGGAGGACUUGUUGCAUGCAAGUUCACCCGAGAAAGCCGACCAGCCGACGUAUCUAGCAGAAUUCCGUAAGCUUCAGCAACAGGGAACGGAGGACGCGCCCUCGCGCGAUUACAUUCCUUUACCGCCCCCAAAAGGUUCAGAUAUUGUUGCCGAGGUGGAAGCGGUAAAGGACUGGACCAAACGGUUACGUCUGGGACCGCAAGCCUCGUUGCCUAGUGUUUGUAUGUACACAUUCCAUCAUGCAAAGGGAAGUAUGAAUUGUGCCGAGUUUUCUCCUGAUACAACAAUGAUCGCAGCUGGUUUCACUGAAAGCUACAUUCGCUUAUGGUCUAUACGGUCCGACAAAAAAUCGUCAGGAAAAGCGAACUCUCUAGACGAAGGCAUUACAUCCACCAGGCUCCUCAGUCAUUCAGGUCCCGUUUACGGGACCACAUUUUCCCCUGAUAACAGACACUUGCUUUCUUGCUCAGAAGAUCGAUCUGCACGGCUGUGGUCGGUAGAUACGAAAACAGCUCUUGUUGCAUACAAAGGACACACCGGUCCCAUUUGGGAUGUCGCCUUCGGUCCCUUUGGACACUACUUUGCAACUGCAUCCCACGAUCAAACUGCGCAAUUGUGGAGUUGUGAUCACAUUUACCCUCUUCGCAUAUUCGCGGGACACUUAAGCGAUGUCGAUUGCGUUACUUUUCAUCCUAACUCAGCAUAUGUUCUUACCGGAUCCUCCGACAAAACAUGCAGGUUGUGGGAUGUCCAUCGGGGGCACUCAGUGCGUGUCUUUAACGGACACACGCAUCCCGUCAAUGCAGUUGCCAUUGCACCAGAUGGACACACAAUGGCCAGUGCGGCUGACGAUGGCAUCAUUCAUCUUUGGGAUUUGGGAUCUGGUCGUCGUAUAAAAACGAUGCGUGGACACAAAGGCAGCGUGUACUCACUCUCCUUUUCCAAAGAAUCUACCAUUCUCGUCAGUGGUGGUGCCGAUUGCACUGUUCGUGUUUGGGACGUAAAGAAGACCGCCGCUUCUGAAACCCCGUCCUCUUUACUUGAUGCUGCUUCCUUCUCGUCUCCGGAUGCUACCUUGGAUCAAAAUGCGGGUGACACUAGCUCAGACCAAAUGGUCGCCCUGUACACGCGUAGCACUCCCAUAUACAGUCUCUCAUUUACUCGACGCAAUCUUUGCAUGGCUCUGAGUGUUUCUUAACUAAUCUAUAGCGUCGCUUGAGUCCGUGCAAACUUAUCUAAAGAGUCAUUCUGCCGCCAAUAACCGCACGCAGUUCUAAAUGCGUCGUUUUCGUCUCGUGAAGAUGUUCUUUCACUUCGCGUUGCCUUGUUGGACCUAGAACUCGUGACCCAGCUAUAACCUGCUAUCGCCUUCCUUCCUCACUACCACACACACACGCCUACCACUACGGGUCCUCUCCCUCCCUACCUCCGUCCUUUUUUGGUGGUGAAUUUCUAACCUACCUUGUGCACCUCACCACCAU